UAAUCUACUAUCAAUUUUGACAUUUAUUUUGUGAACAUUUGGCCAUUGCUAAAUUGUUUGAUUAUUUUGAAAUUUAAACAACAACAAGUUUGCAAACUUCACUUUCUGUACAAAGUCUAUUUAUUUAGUUUUUGAUCGUUUUUAAAAUUAGAUUGAUUGACAAUUUUUCACUUAUUUUGGUUUUCGUUUUUCGGCGCCUUGUUUCGACAUAUUUUCUUUUAUUGCGUAAACAGUGCUUUAUCAAUAAAAAAAUACUUGGUCGGGCAUUGCUAUACGUUUUGUUACGGAUAUUUUCCGUGAAAAUUUUCAUUUGUUUGUGUGGACAAAUUUCUCAAAACAACAUCGACAUUUUGUUGCACAUUAAAUCAACCAAUCCUCAUCAAUGUUUCGUUUGCUGAAUAGUUCGAGUGUGUCUAUUAUCCGACAGACUCGUCAUCUUUUGAAAUGUUUGUAUUCAACCGAGGCAGCAAAAUAUCCAAAAAUUACAACACAUUACACCGUUUAUCCGCGUGAAAGUGAUCCGCGUUGGAAAGAUGUAUCUAUGGAACGUGAUGCUGACGAAGUUGAUAUCGUAAUUGUUGGUGGUGGACCGGCUGGUUUGUCAGCAGCAAUUCGGGCCAAGCAACUUGCAGCUGAAAAAGAAAAAGAGAUUCGUGUGUGCGUAGUUGAAAAGGCGGCUGAGAUCGGUGGGCAUAUUUUAUCGGGCGCUGUAUUAGAUCCAAUCAGUAUAAAUGAAUUGCUUCCAAACUGGAAGGAAAUGGAUCAUCCAUUAAAAACACCUGUAACGCAUGAUGUGUUUUCCCUUUUAACUGAAACAUCACGCAUAAAUAUACCGAUUUUCCCUGGAUGGCCAAUGGACAAUCGCGGUAAUUAUAUUGUACGUUUGGGUCAUGUCGUGCGAUGGUUGGGUGAAGUUGCUGAAUCUUUGGGCGUUGAAAUUUAUCCCGGUUGUGCAGCAGCUGAAGUGUUAUAUCACGAAGACGGUAGCGUUAAGGGUAUUGCAACAAAUGAUAUGGGCAUUGGAAAAGAUGGUGCACCAAAGGAUACAUUUGCUCGUGGUAUGGAAAUUUAUGGCAAAACAACCAUUUUCGCUGAAGGAUGCCGUGGACAUCUCACAAAACAAAUGCUUAGCAGAUUUAAUUUAACGGAAAAUAGUGAGCCACAAACUUAUGGCAUUGGUUUGAAAGAAGUGUGGGAAAUCCCAGCUGAACAACAUAAACCAGGUUUGGUUGAACAUACUGCUGGAUGGCCAUUGGAUAAAAAUACCUACGGAGGAUCAUUCUUGUAUCAUUUGAACGAAGACACACCAUUGAUUGCGAUUGGUUUCGUUGUCGGCUUGGAUUAUUCAAAUCCAUGGCUUAGUCCAUAUCAGGAAUUUCAAAAGUUCAAAACACAUCCAAGCAUUCGAAAAACAUUAGAAGGAAGCACCCGGAUUGCGUAUGGUGCCAGAGCAAUUAACGAAGGUGGAUUUCAAUCCCUGCCCAAAUUAACAUUCCCCGGAGGCUGUUUGACGGGGUGCUCUGCCGGAUUUUUGAAUGUGCCUCGUAUCAAAGGAUCACAUUAUGCUAUGAAGAGCGGAAUGUUAGCCGCUGAAAGUGUCUUAGAUGAGAUUUGGUCAGAAAAACCCCAAGAAACAAUCGGCCUGGAACCAAAGAGCUAUGCAGACAAAAUAAAAUCAUCGUUCAUUUGGAAAGAUCUGAAGAAAGUUCGAAAUGUACGGCCUUCAUUUCACACUAGUCUUGGUUUAUAUGGCGGUUUUAUCGGAACUGGAUUUACGAUAUUUUUGGGUGGGCGAGAACCAUGGACGUUAUCACACGGUGCUCCAGACCAUAAGCGCUUGAAACCGAUCAAUGAAUGUAAACAGAUCGAAUAUCCAAAACCAGACAAUAAAAUUACAUUCGAUUUACUAUCAUCGGUUGCACUGACUGGAACCAAUCAUGAAGGUGACCAACCAGCCCAUUUAACUUUGAAAGAUGAUAAAAUACCGGUGGAUGUAAAUUUAUCGGUUUACGGUGGACCUGAAGCACGAUUUUGUCCAGCUGGUGUCUAUGAAUUUGUACCCAAUGAAGAAGGUGGCAACACAAAACUACAGAUCAACGCUCAGAAUUGUAUUCACUGCAAGACAUGCGACAUCAAAGACGUAUCACAGAACAUAAAUUGGGUUGUUCCUGAAGGCGGUGGUGGUCCUGCAUAUAAUGGCAUGUGAACGAUGAUAUUGGUAUUUAAUUCAAUGAAACGGCAUGUAAAUCUGAAGCGCACGUAAAUCUGAUUUGCAAAUAUUUUAUACUAUUUAUAUUUUUAAUUUUGCGCCAAUAAUCAUGUAAUAAAACAAUUCUAGCA